AUGAGACUCAAGGCGACCAUUCAACGAAACCUCCUCUUCUUCAAGCUGGCACAAGCUGUAGAGAAGGUCGGCAAGUCGUUGUACAUCAAGUUCUCAAAGGACUUUGUCGCCUUUGGUGCCAACCACGGUAUUGGCGAUGAUCCAAAUGAAGGAGGAGGCGGACUUCAGUGCUGGUCGCGACUCCCAGCGGUAAAUACCCGUCUCACACUACGCCAAUCGAUCAUCAUUCGCGACAAAAAGAUCCAAUCACUGAUGGGCGCGUUAUUCUAUGGAUACCAGAUUCACUCAAACUCGAACGACGAGAUCAACAUCGAGUUGAAGGCUGAGGACCUACUCCUGGCCAUGAAGUCUGCCAUUAACUCGUCCUCGGUCACCAUGCGCAUGACCGGUCGUACCGCUGACCCUUACCUCACCUUUGUCGUCACUACCGAGGAUCACUUGGGGAAUGCGAGGCCGAUUACGCUUGACAUCCCCAUCCUCAAGAUUCUGACAGCGUCAGGAGCAGAGGACACUCACGCAUUCGAUGAACCGGGUAUCGACGACCCAGAUGUAUACAUCAUGCCUCCGCAACUGGAUCGACUCCGGAAUAUGCUGACGAGUUACAAGGGUCUUUGUGACUAUGUGGUCAUCUCUGCUAACCUUCAGGGUGACAUGGUCUUUACUACUUCAAACGGAGAUAUCCUUGAUGACCGUGAUGUUCCCUCCUUGACUCCUCCUCAAACACGCACAUUAUCUUCUGGAUCGCGUCGAGGUGGUGGUAAUGAGCCCAGUGCGACUGAGCAGAUCAUGAGACGGUAUGGAGAAGCAGAGAAGGCUCAGGUCGAGACCCGGUUCUCGAACCUCUUCAACCCACCUCUGGCAGAGGCGCCUCAGAGAAAUACUGAUGGGACGUAUGACAGCAGGCGUGAUGAGCUGAAGGCGGAUAGGACGAUUAAUCGGCCGGGCAAAUUUGACAGUGUCAUGAUCCGAGUCUCGGAUCUGCAGCGUGUCCUCCAGAGCCAGAACGUCCGUCCCCAAAACGUCAUCUGCAGUUUGCUAGACAACCAGUCGAUCCUGUUUAUGGUGUACAUGCGAGACACGGAUAAUGCGACCCUCGUCUAUUUUAUCCCCCAGGCCGGCUGCAUCUGA